UAUGCAUGCUUGAGCCACUGCUGGGCUAGUGGAGAGAACCUCAAAAGAACACAAGAAAAUAAGCGCAUACAUAUGGAUCUGGGAAUCUUAAUCGAGAAUCUUCUACAGACUUACCAGGAGGCCGUUAUUGUCGGUAAAGAGCUUGGAAUUCAUUAUUUAUGGAUCGACAGUCUGUGCAUCGUCCAGGACAGCGAACAGGAUUGGAGCCAGCAAGCCUCGCGCAUGGCAGAUGUCUAUCAAAACUCAUUCCUGACUAUUGCGGCCAUCGCCGCCCGAGAUUCAGGCGGAGGGUUAUUU